AUCGGCAAAUUAGUCAUGUAGUCAUCUGUAUUGUUGUCUAUCUAGGUAAUUUUUUCCAUUUGUCUGUUAUAAUUCACCGUGUAUCCUUUUGUUUCGUUGAUUUGUGUCAAUAACGUGAAACGAAAGGGGUAUAAAUAGAUUUUUUUUAAUAAUGGUGCUCCAGUUGUGUGCUUCGUGACAUUGUGACUAGUGGCCCAGAUUUGGAAGAAUGAAGGUUGUCAUUACCGUUGUGACUUUGCUCUGCUGCUCACUCUGCUACGUACAGGCACUAAAAUGUGGUUUAGCCAAAACAACUAAUGGUGAACUUGUUAAAGCUAUGGCAAAAUGUGUAAAAAACAACGAGACCAUAGAUAAUCUAUGGAAUGGAUCCAAAUUACCAUCAGAAGAAGACUCAUCUGCAAUGCUAACUACAACUGUCUCUCCAAAAAUGAAGGGGGGUAGAAGUCGACGAGCUCAGCCAGCUGCUGUCAAACCGGAAACAAGCGCAGCAUUAAAAGUUGAUAAAGCUAGUGGGAAGAAUGAUGACAAAAUGAUGACCAGUACGGAAUCAUCUACCGAUGUUCCUUCGUCUACUGAAUCUUCUGAGACGUGUAUCGUACAAUGCAUUCUGGAAAGCGUGGGAGUGUCUGACGAAAAUGGAGUACCAGAUAGAGCAAAGUUUGUUGAGAGUAUUUUGAAGACAACCAGUAAUCGUGAAUUGAGGGACUUUUUACAAGAAACAGCUGACGAGUGCUUCAAGGAAAUGAACAAAGAGAAAAACCUGGAUUCCUGUGCAGCUUCAACAAAAUUGAUGACUUGCUUGGCUGAGAAAGGAAGAGCAAACUGCGAAGAUUGGCCAGCUGGCGGUUUGCCAUUCUAGUUUCUAGAAUUGAAUUUGGAAUUUUGUAGAUUAUUAUUUAUGUUAUCUUAAAACAUAGUUACAUAGACCCUAGGACAUUAUGGCUUCACACUAAAUCCUUUUCAUUGUGUGUAUUGUGAAAAAUAAAGUGAUAUAUUGAUUGUUA